UAAGUUUUUGUAGGUACAAAGAUGUCUUUAGCCUCGUGACUAUUUUCUAAGUUUUUACUUGGUUAGUCGCUCUUCCUCCUGCAAAUGAAGUUAUUAAAGGAACUUAAACUAAAAUUUGGCCCGAGAUUUAUAUUUACAUGCUCUACGUUAAGCUGUUUAUUUCCCUCUACAGCUGUCUAGAAUGAUGUUUUGCGAGAUUGGUAAACAAACAAAAAAGUGGGGAGGAGCACCUGCUGAAGACAUACAAGUAUAUGCAAAGGUUGGGUGGUGGGUGGUAGUCAGUCUACGCCUAUUGAUCAGCAGAUUUAAUCAAUAAUUACACACAAACAUGUAUACUAAUUUGGGUUCAAGGCCGCUGGAACUUCUCGAGUAUAUUUUCUGUUAAUAUCCGUAUAUAUAUAUAGCGGCCUGUGACACUUUUGUUGUCACGUUGGGGAUCUAUGGUUUCCAAAGCCUACCAGCUACGUACUACGAUCGAGGAGUUGUAGAGCCUAAUACCUUAGUCAACACACUCAUUGCGUAGCUUACAUCGUAAGCAUUGAGGUCAAGAGGUCGUGCUUGUGCCCCCGCCUACACUCGAUCGACUGGUUUGAAGUGCAGUAAGGUAUACGUGCCGCCGGGUGCCGCGUUGCUGCCAGACGGGUAGAUAUGUCUCGGCAUGUCCGACCAAAUAAACUGAAAAGUCUGACCGCGGCGUGUGGCGAAAGUCAUGGGCAUUCCGACCACAGCAGGUACAGGUGUGUUGUGUCUCCACAUGCCGCAGCUACCUGCCUCGAUCGCCUGCAGUUCAGGUGCAAGCACCUGCAGGAGAGAACUUGUUAAAGUUGUGAUUCCUGCUUAGGUUCCGCUAGAAGAAUCCUCGGACUUUACUUUGCUGCGACAUGUUGUCACCAAAAGGGAGGACACCGUUGUCAUGAAUUUAAAUAGAUUUCCAUUCAGUUACUUUACUAAGCUGUCUACGUAUCAGUCCUAACAUGUCGGUCCACCCGAACAUCCACCCAAGCAAAAGACGGAGGAGCCCGUGAUGCAAGUCGAGAAGCUGACGAAGCGGUGAACAUAAGUGUGAGAUGCUCGACUCAAUGUUGUCAUGGAAAUGAAUCCACCCAAAGCAUUGUGGGAUGCACCAGCUAAUGGAACCGGGACCUCGGAAGGGGAUGCUGUGUGGGUUUCAGAUGGCACAGCAGAUGUCAGCAAGGGCCUAAAACCUGCUCCGCUCAACACGUGCAGACUCAAGCCUCUCCGCCAAGUCACCAGAAGUGUCAUUCUGAGCAUCUUGGAGACAGGUCACGUGUCCCUCGAAUUUCUGAAAUGCAAAGAUGGGGUGGAAAGGGUGACGGGACUCUUCCUGGUCAGUGGAGAUGGCCAAGAGAUUUAUGUGGAGAAGUGGCGAUCUUCAUGUCCGGUUUUCAUACAGGAGAAAUGUCAUGAGACACAUAAAACAUCAACUUGGCAAAACUUCAGCUUUGUAACCCUUCCCUACAAGUACUGGAAGAGAUAUGCUUAUGCUUACAGGUUUGUGGAACUAGUUAAAUCCAAGACAGGAAAAGUUACCAUAUACUCAGACAGAGCCAAGUGUGUCUUGAUGGAGAAUUCCCCUCCAAACUUUGAGGCCAAUUUUUACAAUGGUCCCAAGAUCACGAUGAUGGAUAGGAAGGUUCACAUUCAAGAGGAUAAUGGUGUAGCACUUAUCUUCUCACAAGACUCCAUCAGCAACAUGGUCAAUGUCUACACUCUGGACCUGAUUCACCAUGCCAUACAGAUGAAAGAACACUGUGUACUUUUGGAAGCUUCCAUAGCAGCUGUAGAGACGUCAAGUGAAGUGGGAGAACCACUUUUUCCUGUUACACUGGGCAGGAGGCCCUGGACAAGUUUCUGUUCCUCUACCUCCUCCACAUCUGAAAAACUUGAAGCUGUUUCAUCCAGUAACAGUUCAACGCAUUUGUUUCAUCCACUACUCAGUAUACCUUCAGAUCUCUAUGACGGUCAGACUUCUCCAUCACCUAUCCAAGAGCUCAUACCUUCUGAUGAUCGUGUCAGGGUGACCUCAGUCCAGCAGCCUCCACACACAACAGACAGGCCUGCAUCUUCAGUCAUUUCUGGAGGUUUGGACACUCCUGUUCGUCGCAUCUCAACUCUAGAAGGUCGGAAGCUACGGUGUCAAUUGUUCCUGCAUAAUGAUUCAGACCAAGUUGAUGGCAACGUGUGUUCCUCUUUGCCCAUGGAGAUAGAAAAGACCCAAGUUCAUGUAGCGAUGUCAGAUACCUUGAAAUACACAGGCAUGGUGGAAAAUGUAUCCUUGUUCAAGAAUCUGACGCUGUACAAGGGAAAAAUUGCAGUCUUGCAAAAUGUCAAUUAAAUGAAGAUACUUUUAACAACAGCUCUUUGGAUCUGUCAGGUAUUAUGGCAUCUUCAGAAGCAAGUCACCUGCACUGUCUUAAUAGUAAUGUUACCUCCACCCCCACUAAGUCAUAUGUGCCACCAACAUCAUUAACAGUUCCAGAAGUUUGUAAUCCCUGUGUACCAGCAGCAGAUAUGAUGGAUAACACGCUGCAGUACAAAGGCAUGUUGGCAUCAGACUUGCACUCAUUCAAGAAUGCUCAAAGUACCUCAAAGAAAGAUGUUUCCAGUACAGCCAAUGUUCUCAGUCCUGGUGCAGGAACAUCAUGCUCUCCAGUUUUUGUUCCUGUUUUCUCAGCAUUAAGACAAGCCUCUGAAGGCUCAGAUGACUUAUCACAUGUUGUGAGGCAGGCAUUUGUGCCAUACACUGGGUGGGCUACACAGCUAGCCAGUGGUGCUGUAUGGAUUCACUACAAUGAUGGCACGCAGCUAGCAGUGCUAAGUUCCCAGGCGAAAGUGGUCUAUGUGGAUCAGGAAGGACAAAUUAACAGGUACCAGCAAGUAGAUGGUGUGCCAGAUGUGGUAAAAGACAAACUGGAAAAAUUACCCAUGGUGUUGGACUAUUUGAUGGCAUGCCCUGCAGUUCUACCUUGUAGAGUGAUCUCUCCUUGAUGGUGCAAAAUCCUUAAAGUACAUGCAAGCACUACAAAUCCUUAAAAUUUCUGAGUGCCUAUGUUCACAUUGAGGACAAGAACUUUUGUGAAUGGAAAACAUGCUUCCAUUCAAGGAAAAAAUUAAGUACAGACUGGACUUAUGUGUUCACUUCUGGAUGGGCAUUAUUCAAGUUUCUAUUACUUCAGGUACUGUUCAGCUAUGCCAUGUGAACAGGUAUAGGACUACAGGAAUAGGACAGUUUAGACUGUUUUCUACAGCACAGCAUUCUAAGACUCUGCUGGUAUUUUUGCAAACUGUCAGUGUUUCAUGUAAAAAAACCUAAAUUUCUUGCAUGAGCUUUCUGUAACAAAACUGCCUUAUCUCAGGUUUUCCCAUGGAGAUGUCUUUACCUUGCUGCAUAAAAUAAAAAGAUGGAUAGUGAUAAAUACCAUGAGCUUAGACUGCUUGAUAACCAGCAAGGUGUUGCAACACAGAACCUAAAGAAAUGGAAUGACAUGUCUGCAAGUUGUCACCUAGACUGAUGGAUGUCAAGUGAAAGGUAACACAUUCAAGUAAUAGAAUAGCAUGAUUUUAGGUACAUUCUGUUCCAAGUGACUCAUUGUUUCAUGGAAUAAUGUGUACUAAUUAACUCUUCUGACAAUGAUUAGUGCUUUGCUAAUACUGCAAGGUCUGGACAAGUUUUAUGUCCACCACUCCUACAGUACGUGGUUGCUAGCAAAGAAGCAAGAAAUAUAAAUGCCUAAGGAAUUAACAGUUCACAGCUAUUGGCAGAGUUGUACCCUGCUUUGCCAAAAAGGCAACAUUCUUUUAUCUUUCAGCAAAUGUUAAUCAUCUUUUUUUAGAUGUUCUUGUCUGAGACUGAGGUUAGGUCUUUAACUAAUUGCUGUUGAAAAAAAGAAUUUUAGAAGCACUUGUCUUGUUAACUUGUUUAGCAACAGUCUUACCAGUUUCCUUUGUCUCCAAAGACAAACAAGUUGAGAGCAAUGAAACACUGGCUUCAUGCUGAUGGCUGUGUACAUUAUUAUAUAUUCAUUCUUAUAGUUGAGCUGAUUUGUUGCAAAUUAAGGUAUUAAGACCAUGUAAAUGUACCUGGUGUUACUAGUUAAGCGAAUUAUUGUGAAUACCAGUACAGAAAUGUUGCGAUAUUUGGCAGACCUCAGCUGUUGUAAAGUGCAGUUUAUAUAUUGUGCUACAUGUCCACAAAUUCAAGACUAGAUUUAAAAUACAACUUUAUUCAUCCACAAGGGCAAUUCAAGGUAUUGCUCAUGCUUGACAAUAUAUAUAUUGAAAUAAUUUCUCUCUCUUACACACACACAUUCUCAGCAACACUAGGUACAGGGUGUGAUCUUAGGUCACCACUGGCUAGUACAGGAUCAUGACCAGUAGAGUUUAUCAAGUGAAUGGCACGUGAAAUGAACGAAUGCCAGUAUCCUAACCCAAAAUGCAUUUCAUAAAACCAUGCCAAACUAUCUCAAAAAUAUUACAGUACCAUUCUGAAAUGUAUGCCGCAGCAGCAUUCAACAGUAACUGGAACUUUGUGGACUUUUAUAAGAUUUUCCAAGUAUUUUGGAAUGUUUUGUGAGAUUUUUCUUAUUUCCAUCCAUUUGUAGUUUUAGUUAGAAAUAUUAGAAUAUAUAUUUAUAAAGUUUAGCUUUUGUUAGGGUAUAUCUGUGAUGCUUUCUUGCUUGAAACUGUUUUAUCUUUUGAUACCAGAUGGAAAACUAUGGUAAAUCAUUUCUACUGAUUGUAUGUGGCGGGAAAUUGAGUUCCCACAUUAAAAUAUGAUCAGAGA